UGCUGUAACGCUCGCUUAAACCCAAGCACGCACACGCUCCCCAUCCCUCCUCUCCAUCGAUCGAUCCCCCCCCUCCUCCGCCUCGAUUGCCCCCACCCCGCCAUGGAGCUCGCUGCCGCACGCGUGAGCCGCCCCGACGCGAUUGCUCGUCUCUGUCGGUGAUUCGUCGGUGCUCUGUGGGGGACUGUGGCCAGUGUCCUCUCGUGGAUCUUGGAGGCUGUUGAGUCGAGCGCGCACCAUAUAUCCUGCUGCUUUGCUCGAGGGGAUUCCGCGGCGGGCGGAUCAGGUUCUUGAGGGAAGCCGAAAGUGUUUUGGAUUAAGGAAAGGGGAAAGAGGCCUCCUUUACCAUCGAUCGAAUCCGCUUUGCUAGGAUUUAGAGGCUUCUGGGGCUGUGCCGAUGGAUUUCUUCAAGAUCAAGAAGCUGGGGAAGAGCCGGAAGAACGCCGGGGGAGGAGGAGGAGAGAUCGUUGAAUCGGACGACGGCGCGAACGGCGGGAAUGUGGCCUCUGAUGAGCAGAAAGGUAAGAACUUGGAGGACAAUCCUGCGCCGGCUGCGGCCGCGGGUGUGGACGCCGACGCAGGCAAUGUGGGCGUGGAAGGUGAGGAUGAGGAGGACGAUGACGAUGAUUUCAUAACCAAUGAGGUGAAGCGCAGGCUCAAGGAGUUGAGGAAGAACAGCUUCAUGGUGCUCAUCCCUGAGGAGGAAUGUGCUGAGGUGGAGGAGGAUGGGGAAGAGGAGGAGGAAGGGAGUAGCUCCAGGGAGUGGAUGCAGUCGGAUGUCGGCGAUGGGUUCCCGCUGUGCGGGUUUGAUUCGCUCUAUGAAAAGUACUGUGAGAGGAUGGCAGUGUUUGAUAAGAUGAUCACACAGCUCCUCAAGGAUCCAGGUUCUUUCAGCAUCUCAAAAAGGUCACCUAGAUCAGCAUCCAAAUUGGCAUCAACUCUGCGCAGCCUCUCUUUCAAAAGGAGGGAUGACCUUCAGGAGGACUGUGAACAUCUUCAGCAACAGCACGGCGAGGAUGAUCCUUACCAAACACUUGAGACAGCAUAUGUUGGACAUGUUUCUUUAAGUUGGGAGGCUCUUCAUUGUAUGUAUGUGCACCUGAGUCUGAUACUCGCAGCUCAACCUGAUAACCCCACCACCUACAGCUGUGCUGCUCAAGCAUUCCAGCAGUUUCAGGUUCUAUUGCAGAGAUUUGUUGAGAAUGAACCAUUUGAGCAAGGUUCCCGGGUUGAGAUAUAUGCACGGUCUCGGAGUUCCUUGUCGAAGUUGCUUCAGGUCCCCACUUUUCAAGUUGCAGAUGGGAAAUAUAAUGCUGAAGAUCUAUUGGAACCAUCAAUUUUUGCAGCUGACCUCAUCAAAUUAUUAGAGGAGUCUAUCCUAACUUUCCGCCUUUUCCUGAAAAAGGACAAGAAAAAGAAUAGUGCCCUCAUGAGUGUUCAUAGUCAUACUGGAAGCUCGAUUCAGCAAGUUCAAUCCUCUCUUGAUAAGAAAGAAGUGAAAGUGAAAGAGCUGUUCAAGAAGAAAAAAGGAUUGAAGAGCAAGACCUGGCCAUCAACAAUGGAGGAAGUUCAGCUGCUCUUCGCCUUAAUCGACAUCAAGGUCGUGUCAAGGGUCCUGAGAAUGGCAAAGCUCAGCAAGGAGCAGCUUCUGUGGUGCGAGGAGAAGAUGAGCAAGCUGGAUCUCUCCGACAACAAGCUGCGGCGUGAUGGAUCCCCCAUUCUGUUCCCCUGCUGACCCAGUGAUUGAGCCCUGAGGCACUGCAAAGAUGUAGCAUGCCAUGUGUGGCAUCAUCUGCUAGUACUUGGUAGCUUAGCUGUUCUAUGAGCUGAAAGCAUUUGGCUACCUUAAUAUAUGUAAAUGCCUUGAGGUUGAAAUGCUUAUACUAAAGUGGUACCUAGAAAAGAUGUUGCUGUCAGAUCUCCAUUUCUUGAGCCUGUGUUCAUCAUGGGGGUUUUAUGCAGCAUAGAGAACAAAGGUUAAUUGGAAAUUCACUUGGUUAAACCAAAUUCUGGACACAGUUCCAAGCUGUGUCUCAAGCUACAACCUACAGGCUUUGUUCUGAAAGAUGCAAACGCUGGGGGCAGAUGAGAGUGAAGCAGAUGGCUGGCUCAACUACUCAGUUCACAUCUCACACUUGAUGAAAGGCAUUGCACUGUGUUGAUUGCAGCCUGCAGCCUGAAGUGUGCUCUGCUCAAAUCUGCAUAGCUUUUUUCUGAAUUUUUAGGUAGGUUUUGUACUCUCCCUUAUCUUUGAGAACUUUGCUUCUACAAGGAUAAUAACCUGCUCGUGCAAGCACGCAUGUAACU